UGCUCCACGUUCUCAGUUUAUGAGAAUACGCGUCGACACCCGACCUAACUGACGGGAGAAGACAACUCAUGAUGUUUAGUCAGUACAAAUGAAUAUAUCUUGGGAAGGCUGAAGAUCUUAAUACUGGGGACUUUCUUUACUGAUCGUGUACUAGUAAAGGCGCUUGAACUACGGCACGUGUCGUUCUGAAGUUUAAACUGACACCGACGAAUAAUCUCAGGUUGGGCAUGCCAGCAGCGACCAGACCGUGGGCGUAGCAUCCGAGCGGCCGAGAAAGAGAGAGAGAGAGCGGGGGAGCGAGGCGGGGAGAGAGAGAGGGCGCGAGUGCCGGGGCGGAGAUGGGCGAGACGGAAGAGGAGAAGAGCGCCCAGGCCGGGCAGCUCUUCGAGAACUUCGUCCAGGCCUCCACGUGCAAGGGCACCCUGCAGGCCUUCAACAUCCUGUGCAGGCAGCUGGACCUGGACCCGCUGGACCACAAGAGCUUCUACAGCCGGCUCAAGGCCCGGGUCACCUUCUGGAAGGCCAAGGCCCUGUGGAGCAAGCUGGACAAGAGGGCCGCCCACAAGGAGUACAAGAAAGGAAAGGCCUGCACUGGCACCAAGUGCCUGAUCAUUGGCGGCGGACCCUGUGGCCUGCGCACAGCCAUCGAGCUGGCCCUCCUGGGGGCCAAGGUGGUGGUGAUGGAGAAGCGGGACGCCUUCUCCAGGAACAACGUGCUGCACCUCUGGCCCUACACCAUCCACGACCUGCGGGGCCUGGGCGCCAAGAAGUUCUACGGCCGGUUCUGCGCCGGGGCCAUCGACCACAUCAGUAUUCGCCAGCUGCAGCUGAUGCUGCUGAAGAUCGCGCUGCUCGUCGCCGUGGAGGUGCACGUCAACGUGGAGUUUGUCAAACUCCUGGAGCCCCCGGAGGACCAGGAGAACGAAGGGCCCGGGUGGAGGGCCGAGGUGCGACCGGCCGACCAUCCCGUCUCGGACUUCGACUUCGACGUGGUGGUGGGGGCGGACGGCCGGCGGAACACGCUGGAAGGAUUCCGGAGGAAAGAGUUCAGGGGGAAGCUGGCCAUCGCCAUCACCGCCAACUUCAUCAACCGCAACACCACGGCCGAGGCCAAGGUGGAGGAGAUCAGCGGCGUGGCCUUCAUCUUCAACCAGAAGUUCUUCCUGGAGCUCAAGGAGGAGACAGGGGUGGAUCUGGAGAACAUCGUGUACUACAAGGACAACACCCACUACUUCGUCAUGACGGCCAAGAAGCAGAGCCUGCUGGACAAGGGAGUCAUCAUUCAUGACUACAUCGACACGGAGAUGCUCCUGAGCAGCGAGAACGUGAACCAGGAGGCGCUGCAGUCCUACGCCCGCGAAGCCGCCGACUUCGGCACCAACUACCAGCUGCCCUCGCUGGACUUCGCCAUCAACCACUGCGGCCAGCCGGACGUGGCCAUGUUCGACUUCACCUGCAUGUACGCCUCGGAGAACGCCGCCCUGGUCCGGGAGCGCUUCGGACACCAGCUGCUGGUGGCCCUCGUGGGGGACAGCCUGCUGGAGCCCUUCUGGCCGAUGGGAACUGGGUGUGCCCGUGGGUUCCUUGCCGCCUUCGACACAGCCUGGAUGGUGCGCAGCUGGGCACAGGGCAGAACCCCCCUGGAGAUCCUGGCAGAGAGGGAAAGCAUUUACAGGCUCUUGCCCCAGACCACUCCAGAGAACAUCACUAAGAACUUUGAGCAGUACACCGUAGACCCAGUGACCCGGUACCCCAACCUCAACUCCAGCUGUGUAAGACCUCACCAGGUGAAGCACCUCUACAUCACCGGGGAGCUGCAGCCCUGCUCCCUGGAGAGAGCCAGCUCGGUGCGCAGACCAGUUAAUCUCUCUCGACGGGAGUCCGAGGUGCGGCCCAGCAGGCUGCUGACCUGGUGUCAGAAGCAGACGGAGGGCUACAGGAACGUGAGCGUGUGCGACCUGGCCUCGUCCUGGAAGAGCGGCCUGGCCCUCUGCGCCCUCGUCCACCGCUUCAGAGCCGACCUCAUCGACUUCGACUCGCUCAACGAGGAGGACGCGGCCGCGAACAACCAGCUGGCCUUCGACGCGGCCGAGCGGGAGUUCGGCAUCCCGCCCGUCACCACGGGCAACGAGAUGGCCGCCGCCGGCGAGCCGGACAAGCUCGGCAUGGUCGUGUACCUCUCCCGGUUCUACGAGCUGUUCCGCGGGGCGCCCUUACCCGCCGCAGGUUCCAAAGGAGAGACCGAUGAAAACAAUGAGGACUAUUCAUCAAAGUCGGACAACUCUGUUUACAACUUGAUGAACCUAACACUGCCCAGAAAACGGAUACCCAAGGAUGACAAGAAGCUGGAGGACAGCGACUCCGCCAACAAAAGGCGAAGAAAGGGCUGUAAUUACCUGGAAGAGGCGACCAACUUCUCCAGUCAGAGCGCUCCUUCUGGCGGGGAUGGCGGAGAGCAGAAGGAGAACAAAGUCCGGUCCAUGGCCACCCAGCUGCUGGCCAAAUUCGAGGAGAACGCCGCCCCCACCUGCACCAUUCGCAGACAGGGCUCCGUGCGGAGGGAGUUCCCCCAGACCCUGGGCGGCAGCGACACCUGCCACUUCUGCGGGAGGCGCGUGUACGUGAUGGAGCGUCUGAGCGCCGAGGGACGCUUCUUCCACCGCGAGUGCUUCCGCUGCCACGCCUGCAGCGCCACGCUGCGGCUGGGCGGCCACGCCUUCGACUCCGAGCAGGGCAAGUUUUACUGUAAGCUUCACUUCGCUCAGCGGAAGACGAGCAUCAGGUACAAGAGGCGGACAGUAGACCCACAGAAGGAGGCCCAGGGAGCGAUAACGACGGACAGCUCCCGUACGUCUUCGCCCGACGGCGGCGGCGGCGGCGGCGCCUGCUCGGCCGCGGGCAGCCUGCGGAGCCAGCCCCCAGGAGGGUACUUCCAGCACCUCAGUAACCAGACUAGCCCAGAGAUGUGCGGUGGACCCGCGCAGACCGGCCGGCUGGACCCCAGCGUGGUUGCCGAGUUACCGGAGGAGAGCGGGUCGGCGCCGGCCGCGGAGGGCCCCGCCCCGUCCGACGCCCGGCAGGCCUCAGACACACCUGGGUGCGAGGGGUCGGAGGUCACGUCGCUGCUGUCGCUCGACGCCAGACUUGCUGAAGAAGCCGGCGCAGCUCUACCAGGGGAGGGCGCUGCUCCCACAGGACCGGCCCAGCUCGAGAGGAACGGCCGCUGGAGGAGGAAGAUCCAGGCCACUUUCCCUCUCAUCCUGGUGAAGACUCACAACCGGACGACCUCCACCACAGGCCUGGGAGACCAACCCCGGGACUGCAGGGGGGAGGAAGAGGAGGAGUCCGACUUCGAAGAGAUCUUCCUGCCUGCUCCAGAGAGCCCUGUGGGAUCUGGCCGUCCUUUGCACCAGGAGCCCCGCGCUGAGGGGGCGGACUUCCUUCCUGGCGACUCAGCGCCCUGCCUUCCCCCGAGCUCCUCCCACGAGGACCCGCCCGCGGCACAGCUCGGUCGCCGCGGGCAACCGGCCAGCGAGUACUUAGCCGUGGAGAAGACGAAGACGGGGAAGAAAAAGCUGACCCUCUCGCAGACCCAGAAGGAGAAGCUCCUGGAGUGGGACUUGGGCGGCCCCGACCAGGGGCCCAGGGAGGGCCGCGCCGAGGCCGGGGCGAGGAGGGAGGAAGGUUCCGGAACGGACCGGAAGGCCGAGGUCGAGGUUCCCGCUGACCCUCCUCUGUUGCCGCCCCGGCCGCCUCCCACUCCGUCGCCGCUCCAGCUGGUGGUCAACGCCCUGAGGAGGUCUUUCAGGAUUUCGGGGACGGCGGCCCCCAAGGCCGUCGCCAGGAGCAACGGGGCUGCCAGAGCCCGGCCCCGGUCCGAGGGCUCCUUCAGUUUGAACUCCCUGUUCGGGGCGGCCGGGCGCCCGGACCUGGCCCCGCCCUCUGCCCCGACUGCCACGGGAGGCGGGACCUCAGGGGCGGGGGAGAAUACCUCGGCCACACCCACCUCAGCCACGGCCACCUCCAACUCUGCCUCGGCCACACCCACCUCUGCUACACCCACCUCCACCUCAGCAUUGGCCACCUCCACCUCUGCCUCAGCCACACCCGCCUCUGUUACACCCACCUCCACCUCAGCCACACCCACCUCUGCCUCCACCUCCACCUGCGCCUCUGCCUGUGCCAGCUCGCCCCCCGGGUCCUCCGGCAGCACGGCCGGCGCCGACCUGCCCGGGAUCCUGCAGCGGGUGUCCCUGGGCCCCGGGGCCCCCAGGGACGACCUGGCCGCCCUGCCCCCCAGGAAGCUGAACUUCUUCUCCUCCAUGAGGGUGAAGCGGUGCGAGGGGGCGGAGCGGGCGGGGCGGGAGGGGCGGAGCUCCCAGGACAAGGACAUCUGGACCAUCAUCUCAGACCUCAGGAACAAAGUCUCGAACCCGCAGCAGCAGGACUCCAGCUCCUCCAGCGAAGAGGAGAGCGGCGUCGGCAAGCAGAGGGGCACCUCUGGGCCGAGGAAGAGGAGGAAGCAGGAGGAAGUGGUGAAGCAGCAGGCUCGGCGGGAUCAGCUGAAGAGGCUCCACAGAGCUCAGGUGAUCCAGCGGCAGCUGGAGGAGGUGGAGGAGAAGCAGAGGGCCCUGGAGGAGAGGGGCGUCGCCCUGGAGAAGCUGCUCCGAGGCGAGACAGAGGACCGGUCCCAGGAUGAAGCCCAGCUCCUGCAGACCUGGUUCAGGCUGGUCCUGGAGAAGAACAAGCUGGCCCGCUACGAGUCCGAGCUGGUGAUCUUUGCUCAGGAGCUGGAGCUGGAGGACACACAGAGCCAGCUGCAGCAGAAGCUCCGCCGCAGGAUGGCCGUGGACAGCUCCAGGAAGAGUGCGUGGGAGCAGGCCGAGGAGCAGCAGAUCUUCAGCGAGAUGAUGAGGGUGGUGGAGAAGAGGGACGCCCUGGUCAGCCUCCUGGAGGAGCAGCGUCUCAAAGAGAGGGCCGAGGACCAGGACCUGGAGAGCCUGGUGCUCACCAAGGGCUACCGGCUCCACUGGGCCUGAGAGGCCGCACAGCGCCGCCACCACCAGAUUUACAGCAGUGCCGUUCCGGGGGUCAGAAGACCAUCCUAUUAAAUUCUUCAUAUUGCUGAUUUUACAAACUGAUGGUGUAUAACUCUGCAUAUAGUGCACACUGUGGUGCCGUACCAGAAUUUUGCCUUCCGCUAAUGCACUUCGAUUAAGUAAAAAGGAAGGGCUGGCUCACGUCAGUCACAACGCUUUCGGUGUUCUGCCUCGGGGGAGCACCGGCUACACCGGGGCCUGUUGGAUUUGCCAUAUUUUGCACUUCAGUUGUAGAAAUAGCCUCCCUAAUGAAAUCUACUUUUCAGUGAUAACAUUGUGUAUGAGAGAAUUCUGAAUGGUAUGAAAGACAUUGUAUUUCCAUUGAUUUUACAGAGAGACCAAGGACAAUGGCUUUAAGUGUGUUUAGCAGUUUCACUGUGUGAUGAAACUGGUUGUGUACAAAACAGCUUAGAUGUAACCCUGAACUGCCGUGUGUCUUGUUUUUGUUUUUUUUUUUGAUACAUGAAUGCAUGAUAACUUUGGUGUACCCUACUCCUCAGCAUUCUAGGUUAUUUCUACACAAACACAUCUUAAUAUUUAUUUAAAGCAAGUAUGCAUGUAAUUCACAGAAAAAAAUAAUUAUUUUGUUAGGCUGAACUAAACCAAAGAUUUUCUCAAACUAGACCAGCGAUGUUUAUAGUUUUGACCAAAUAAGAGUAAAAACAUUUCAAUGUGUUAUUAAUAGGCUAUAGGCCUCCACCUCACCUGUUUUUCUUUGAUUUACGAAUAUGCGAAGAAUAUUUCGUUUUAAUUAUGUAUUUAAACGAUGUUUGAAUGAUAAUGAGUGGGUGUAUGGGUAUUUCUGACAUUGUGUAAACAAGCAAACAUUUAUAUAAAAGAGACUGGCGUUGAAUGUGUUGUAUUGAAUUAAUAUUUAAAAAUAUACCUUAAAUAAUUCCAAUAAAAAUAUUUCAUUCUAUUCA